AGCUGGGCAAAAUGUAACGGUACCCUUCACUUAAAGUUGUGUCCUACAUACAAGAAACUGUCACAAAACGAUAGUUAAUUUUACUGUCAAUGCCUCAUACUGUAAUCAGGCUUUGAUGAAACAAGGGCCAUGUACACAAGAUGCUACAAGUUUUGCUUACCUUGACAUUCACCUUUUAAUGAAGGUGACUAUAUUGAGUCCUGUGACCUUCAUGUAGUACUGAGACAGUGCAUUCAUUUCAGCCAUGUUCUAUUACCAACCUUGUCCUUUAAGAAUGAAACCCCUUCACUGCCACAUUAUCAAUGAAACAGAUCACACUCUUGUUUCACAUAUCCAUUUCAUUAAGACUGAUUGCAGUUACUUCAUUUGCCUGGAGAGAAAUGGGGAUUUCCAAAAAGACAUUUUCAACAAGAAAAUGACGUGAGUGAAAAGAUGAAGAUUGGUAUAUGGAAGUGAGCCAGACAUCUUUCACAGAGAACAGACAAACCAAGGUAACCACAGAGAAACAGUGCGUGGCAAUAACAGGGGAAAGCAGUGAACAAGAUGGAUGAGUGAGAUAGCAUCAACACGGGAAGUGGAUCGUCAGGACUCAUUGGAAAGUCGGGCAGGAAGCAACAAGUUUUCUUUCAGCAUAAUAGGUCAUGAAUAUUAUGGGAUUUUACCUUAAAUGAUUGAAGACACCUUGGGGGUUUCCAGCUGCAGUUUAGAUUAUCUAUUGUAGCGACCUCCGCUCUCACGCCAGAAAUACACAGUUCUUGGAUGAGAAAUGGCAAGUUAUAUAAAAGCUGCUGUAGUAGGUGUUCGGUUGGCAGGUGCUUGCGUCUCUAAGAUUGCACAAAUAACUUUUCUGCACAUUUCCAAUCCCAACUUCCCUGAAGGAAUUAAGAGGUGAUAAUCUUUCGAGUGGUCAAAUAUCCCUGAAAAUGAAUUAAACGCCUUGCAGGCUCAUCAUAUGGAAUCUGUGCUGCCAUUUCACAGGAGCAUCAAGAAGCUGGAAAUAAAUUGACGGAAACAAUGGCUAAUAAUUCAAACGAGAGUUGCAAACUCCCUUAUGAGGAGGACAGGAUUCCGUUAGUUGUGUUGUACAGCAUUGUUUUCAUCAUUGGAGUGCCUGCUAACUUUAUGACUGUAUUUUUAACUUACAAGCAAGUCCGGAGGAAAAACGUGCUGGGGAUUUACCUUUUCAGCUUGUCGUUAUGUGACCUGAUGUAUUUGUUCACACUGCCUCUUUGGAUGUCUUAUGUCAACAAUGACCAUGUGUGGGUUUGGCAUCCUUUGAAUUGCAAGAUCACAGGCUAUGUGUUUUUCAACAACAUGUACAUCAGCAUUUUCCUCUUGUGCUGCAUCUCUAUAGACCGAUAUGUGGCCGUGGUUUACGCUGUGGAGUCCAGGGGCCUGAGGCAGCAGAAGCUGGCGGCCAUCAUCACAUGCGUCAUCUGUAUAGUUGUGCCAGUCAGCCAUGUGCCAGUUUUCAUAAUGAAAGAAGACGACACAGGCCAGGACAGAAAGAAAUGCUUUGAGCCAGGCAAAGCCUCUGCAAUAGUUACAGGCUUUAACUAUGCCAGGUUCUUCAUUGGAUUUUUCGUUCCCUUGUGCAUCCUGAUUGUCACCAACUACUGCAUCCUAACAAACAUUCAAGCCAGCACCGGCCUGCUUGGAAGAUCAAAGACGAAGGUCAAGUGCCUGGCGAUCACGGUGAUAGUUCUCUUUCUGGUCUGCUUUGGUCCAUACCACAUCAUUCUGUUACUCCGAGCCGUGAUGUAUCACAUUCUAGAAGAGGGACAAAACUGUGACUUUGGGAAACAAAUCUAUAUCCCUUAUACAAUUUGUUUAGGCUUGUCUACAUUCAACAGCGCCAUGAACCCUAUUCUUUACGUCCUGGCCAGCGACAACAUUCGGAAGGAGCUCAAGAGAGGACUGCUUAGCUUUCGAAGCCGCACUUCUAUUCAGCACAGAGGCACUGACAGCAGUUUGCCCAAGUUUCCCACCUCGAAAAACUCUGUGGAUGCAGCACAAACACUUGAAAACAAUAACCAAUGAGGGUGUCAUUAUUUCCUCCCAGGAGUUGUGCUGUUUGAUCAUUUUUUGGACAUUUUGUUUCAUUUCUGAAAGUUUCCGUUCCAGGACUGGAAAAGCUAUUGACUGCUUCUAGUGGCUUGUAUUCCUUUCUCAGGAGAGCUACUGUGAUUGCAAUUUCUUUGUACACAGAAUGACAAAACAUUCCUGUUUAAAAAUAAAUCACAAAUAAAGAGUUUAAAAUGUGUUUUUUUAAAUAAUAAUGCUACGCACCAUGAUAUGUGUUCUAAGACUUCCUAGAUACCCAUUUGAAGAAAACAGCCUAUUUCAGCAUUAUAGAGUUCUAUUUGUUUUUAAAAUGAACAGACCACCUACAACUCUAUUUCAAUCAUUUUUAUUUGCUUUCUUUUCCCUCUUAAUGAGUUAUGGAAAGUUUACGAGUUUCCUUUUUUUCAGUGGGGAAAAAUAACGCUAAUGUUGUGCACAAAAAACUCUUAAAACACUCAGCAAUAUACAGUGCUCUCCCUUUAUAACGCUGUAGUUGGGAGCCAUAGUUUAGAGAUUUGUGUUCUGCCUUUUAAUGAGACUACUAGUGUAAUGGCAUUAUGGGGCAAAUGGGAGCCUUGACCGUACCGCCUUAUAACCUGUUCCGCAGUAUAAAGGGCCGCCUUAUAAAGGGGGAGCACUGUUCCUGUAUAUUGUUCAGUGCUUUUGUAUAAAAAGUAUGUAAAAUAUAUAUUAACCUCUUAAACAUUUCCCAAACCUUAGGCAGAUAAAUGAUUACAUGGUUAUAACAUUGUGAACGUCUGUGUAUGGCAGAAUAUCAGCAUGUGUAUGUCCUGUAACUGCUCUAUUAUUCAUACACAAGAUAAAAAUCCAGCUAUGCUUGCUUACUAUUCGUUACCAAACUUUAUUUAAUCCAUUGUGAUUUUCAUUGAAAAGGUAGAUGAAGAGAAUACCAUUAAGUGGCUGAGGUAUACGGCCGAUUGUGAUGUCACUGUUUUGAAAUGACUGUUUGAAAGGUGCCUCAGGUAUAAUUUUGGAAAGCAGGUGGCUUCAGCUGUGCUAACAACUGAAAGUGGCACGGUUGAUGUAAUGAAUAGGGUUUCUCUUUGAUGUUUUGUGGAAUAUAGAAAGCAAAACAUGAGCUCUGAUUAGCUGAAAGAUCCUGAGCAGUCUGUAAAACCUAAAAUGUUGUGUUUAAUUCACUGGUUAGGUAAUACAUUGUACCACAUAAACAUGUUAUUCCAGUUCAAAUGUUAAAACAUGAGCUGUUGGUUAUUGCAUUAAUAUACAACAAUUCCACUGAACAUUUUUUCUCUUAUUUUGUGUUGGUUUUGUACAGGGCGUCUAUCUCUGCUAAAUUUGGUAGCGCUGAUAUUCCAUAUUUCCACAUUAAUUUGCAAGUGUACUAAUUUUUUUAAAACAUUUUUUUACAGUUUUUGUAAUGGGGAUACAACAAAACCAGAAAAAAGCAAACAGAAUACUAUAUAUAGUUCAUCAGAAUCAGCAGUAGUAUGUUCUCAACAUGAACAUAAAAAUAAAACUAAGCAAAAAUGGAAUUGUAACACCACAGAGGCCCUCAUUCAUAAAACAGGCAUCAGCAAUGGAGCAGACACCACAGACACCACAAGGAACUGAAACCCGCUGGCACAUCAAUGAUGGUGUCUUUCUAAAGCCCCUUUCACACUGGCACUCCUACUCAGGUCCCGACCCAGGUUCUGGCUACCCGGGUCACAAUCCCACAUAGUGUGAAACCACGUACCUGGGUCAUGCCCGGGUUGAGUAGGGUCCCACCUUAGAAUGUGGGUCAACAUGCUGUGUCCCGGGUUGAGUGAGACGAAAUGCAUGACAGCCGUUCAUUAGUGCUGCAUGAACCGAUUAUGCGAAUUUAGCACAGACAAUCAGGUGAGGGUUAUUGCUGUUGGACUAAUUUGCCAGUCAAAGAAACUAUCUACAUAAAACUCAACAUAGACAUAAAACAGUAUUUGCAUUUCACAGUCAUGUCACUUCUUCCAUCAGAGCAACUUGGCGAGAGUGAAUUCUCUCAGUUCCUAUUCCAAACUCAUACUGUUAGUGUCCGAGUUCAAAUUGUGUUGAUAUUGCUGAUGGAAACAAUUGGGAUUGGUUUCAAAUUACUUUCAACUCUCAGCAGUUGAUGGCAACAGAACAAGGCUUUAGAUGCAGUACAGUGAAUGAGAGUCCUCUUGUAUCAAGGUACAGCUGUUGAGAGGUCUGAAAAUGCUUUUAUAAAUCAGUACUUUACUCAUAAAAACAGACUGGGGUUUUCAAAUGCACCCUCAUUAUACAUUGUUUGCCCUGUUUACUGGAUUUCCUCUGCAGCUAUAUUUCACAUGAUCGUUUUCUGAUUUGUUUUUCAACCUUUUUCUUACAUACAUCUAUUGUUAAGUUUUGAAAGGGUUUGAAGCAUUUCCUUUAUGUAAGGUUAUUCUAUUAAAUGAAACAGAAAAUACAUACUGUGUGUUCUUCACAUUCUAUUAGCCAUGAAUUGAGGAUUUCUGAUCUACUGUUUUAUUUUUACAGUGUAGAUAUCUAAGUGCCUGCUGAAAUCGUAUUGUUGCUUGCACUGUCUGAAGAGCAUAGUUAAGUGCUACAGAAAAAGUUGUUGUGUUUCCAAGAAAGACAGUAUUUUACUUUGCCAUGUCCCGUGCUUAAUGCAUUAAUAAAAUACAUUCUUAAAUGUAA